CCGUCUAUCCUGCUGCUCUUGCGCAGACUCACUUCUAAUAACACUACAGACUCAAUUUCACAGCAAUUCCCAUCAAACCUACUGCCAUCAUCUACCAAGAACGGCCAGAACCAGCAUCAUCACCACUUUCUCCACCAUUCCGAGAUGAAUUGCAAUCACGCCAACUACUUGAACUGCGGACGGGGAAUCACUCAGGAUCAAUACGCAAAGGAGAUUCAAAGCACUAAUGUGCACUACAAUAACGGAGAAUUUCUACCCGGCUUUGGCAUUUUCCCAUCCCAGCAGCAAUUCCGGUAUACCUUUGCACAAGAACCAGGUAACAUUUGCCCACGGUGCAACACAUUGUUGCCAGCGGGGGAGGAAUGCGAUUGUUGCGCGCCUAUGAUCUCUCAGCCUGAAGAAGGGGUGUCUGUACCGCAGCAGCCGCAGAAUCAAGCCCAGUCCCAGCCUGAAGAAGGAGUGUCUGCACCACAGCAGCCGCAGAAUUUUGCCAGACCCCAGCUUACUGAUGAGCAACUUCUGCGUAAUCCUGGCCGUCCAAAAAAAUCUCCAGGUGAUCCCAAAGCCAAGUACACGCCGCGGGGACAGAAGACGAAGGCGGCAAAGCGCUCCAAGCAGGGCCGCCCUAAGGGGUCCAAGGAUGGACCUGGAGGCCGCGCCCCCAAAGGCGAAGGGAUCAAAUCCCUCCGAAAGGCCGCAAGGGAACGAGCUGCCGUCGCCGCCUCCGCCGCCAACCAGCCCGAUCACGAUGAGGUGGUCAUGUCCUCGCCAGCCCCCCAAUCAUCACCACUAUCAUCAUCACAAUCAUCACAAUCACAAUCACCACCAUUAGACGAAUUCAACCGCCACGACUUCGUCUUCGAUACCGACUCCGUCUCCGAUACCGACUUCGUCUCUGAACUUUUCCGACUGGGGAUAUCAUCUGGGUGA